AUAUACGAAAAUUCUACACUUCGAACACUCUCCCCGUCGCAAUGAAGGUCGUCAGAGUCGUCGGCUACCACAAGAACCUUGAGCUUGAUGAAGCGCCGGAGCCCAAGGUCACUGGUCCUUUGGAUGUAAUCGUCAAGAUUGGGGCUGCGGGUGUCUGCCGUGUUAGCAUGAUCCAACCGGAAGAACGUCGAGGAACGACUUCAUCUAACGUUCGAUUAGACGGACAUCCAUAUCCUCGAGGGGCGACAAAGUCCACCAAUAUUCUGCUAUCGUUGGGCAAUGAGCAAAUGCUGACUGAAUCAGGUCAUACUGCACCCUCUGGUGACUUGUGGCUUGUGCACUGCCUGCCGGUUUGGCGACGACGUGCAUUGCGAAGACAGCCUCUUCCCAGAAUUUUCCGGGUUGACGCGUAUAAUCACACCAACUCGCUUGCAACAGGAUACGCGGAAUACCUGAAAACAACAGCCCGCAGUGUAAUCAAGCUCGACGACUCUCUCGAGCCCGCCGACGUCGCAGCACUUGCAGACGCCGGCCUAACCGCUUACCACGCUGUGGCAAAGGCCGCGAAACUCCUGCGUCCGGGCAACAUCUGCGUCAUGAUCGGAGCAGGCGGUCUCGGCCACAUCGGCGUUCAAGUCAUGAAAGCCAUUAGCGCGGCUAUCCUUAUUGUCAUCGACAGUAACCCAGAUGCGCUGAAGCUCGCCAAGGAUCUUGGAGCAGACCACACGGUGCAAGCCGGCGAUGAUGGCAAGUUCGUCCAAGAGGUUCUCGACUUGACCAAGGGCAAAGGCGCAGAAGCCGUCAUUGACUUCGUUGCGGAAGGCGGCUCUACCGCAACGGGCGUGAAGAUGCUGCGACGUGCUGGCAAUUACUAUGUUGUAGGGUAUGGUGAAAACAUCAACGUGCCGACGAUUGAUAUCAUUUCGACGGAGAUCAACUUCGUAAGCAAGGCUCGUGAGUGCUUCGUGGCUGGACACUGA